CGCCGCCCCUGCCGGGAAAACCCGGGAAAGCGGACCCUCGAGGAAGGCCUGGCACGCAAACUGGACCCUCCAGAAUCCCCAGAGCAGACAUCGGAGCCCUCGAAGUACUCCCUCCAUCUUUGGAACACGCUAGUAAUUCACUGAUAACAGGAAGUUAUGAGGGACCCUGUGAGUAGCCAGUACAGCUCCUUUCUUUUCUGGAGGAUGCCCAUUCCAGAACUGGAUCUGUCGGAGCUGGAAGGCCUGGGUCUGUCAGAUACAUCCACCUACAAGAUCAAGGACAGCAGCGUUGGCAAAACAACGGGGCAAGCAACCGGAGCAGAGCAGGAGAAAAACCCUGAAGGCGAUGCCCUCCUUGAGUACAGCACCUUCAACUUUUGGAGAGCUCCCAUUGCCAGCAUCCACUCCUUCGAAUUGGACUUGCUCUAAGCCCAAGACCUCUCUCCCACCACCUUGCCCUCCUUUCCUGCCCUUUCAAGCCCCUCCUUUCCACCCUUUUACCCUAUCAGUCUUGCUCUCUCCCCUCUAUUGUGUUGAGGUGGUGCUGAUGAAUCUGCCAGAGUUGUGAUUUAUUUAUUUAUUUAUUUAUUUAUUUAUUUAUUUAUUUUAUUUAUUUAUCUAUCUUUCUUUCUUAUCAGUUUCUCUCAAAAACCCUCAAGCCACAAAGUAAAGGGUUCAAGCAAUGGA